ACCCCUUUAGCCUUGUAGCCAACAUACAACCGACAUUUUUAAAGCUCUUUAGAGCAUUUUUUUUGUGUAAAUUGAUCUCGGUGUUUUUAACACACCGAUCUACUAUUUAACUUAAACGUAACUUACUUGUUCAAUUUACAAAUGUGUUGAUUACACUUAACCUAAGCUAAUCGUCAAUCCUAGCUAGCCCACCAUGAGCUCUCCAAGCUACUCUCCUCCUGCUAAAGAAGAGGUCUGCUGGACGGAGAAAGAGGGUCUGUGGCUGAACAUUGUCGUGAAAGAAGAGGGGGAAGAGGAGGUUUCAGUAAAAGGAGAGGAAGAAGCUUUCAGAAUGAAAGAGGAGGAAGAGGAGGCUAUCAGUAUCACAUUGAAAGAAGAGGAAGAACCCUUUGGAGUGGAAGAGGAGGCGAUCUUAAUAAAAGAGGAGGAAGAAGCUUGGAGAGAAGAAGAGGAGACUGGAGAUCUGAUUAACACCAGAGAGAGACCAAACUCUCAUGAUGACAGCGGGAAUAGUCCUUCAGGGGAACCAGACCCGGCGACACCCAAACCAACGAGACGACAUCAGUGCUCCCACUGUGGAAAGAGUUUUCCUUGGUUAAAGGCCCUGAAGCAGCAUAAGAAAAAACACUCUGGAGAGAAGCCUUAUCGCUGUUCUCAAUGUGGAAUGACUUUUACCUGGGCAGGAAGCCUAUGGGGGCAUAAGAGAAUACACUCUGGAGAGAAGCCUUACCACUGCUCCCACUGUGGAAAGAGUUUUAGGAAGUUAGGUGACCUGAAGGCGCAUGAGAGGACACACACAGGAGAAAAGCCCUACCAAUGCUCCCAGUGUGGAAAUAGUUUUAGCAAGCUGGGGAACCUAAAACAGCAUAAAAGAACACACACAGGAGAAAAGCCCUACCAAUGCUCCCAGUGUGGAAAGAGUUUUAGCCAUUCGGGGAGCCUUAAAGACCAUGAGAGGAGACACAGACAAGAAAAACCCUACCAUUGCUCCCUGUGUGGAAAGAGUUUUAUCAAGUUAGGGGCCCUGAAUCGGCAUGAGAGGACACACACUGGAGGGGAUAAAACAUACCACUGCUCCCUGUGUGAAAAGAGUUUUAACAGGUUAAGACAUCUGAAUAAGCAUGAAAUAAUACAUACACAGGAGGAGAAGACAUACCACUGCUCUCAUUGUGGAAAGACAUUUUCCCAGUCAGAGGACCUGAAAUCACAUGAGAGAAUAGAGAGGCUCUGUUCUGACUUGUGCUUUUAACUGAGAAUUUGUGUUUUUUGUUUCAUGCCACAUUAAAUCAUAUUGUUUAUGAUUUAAACUGUCUAUAUAAUACAUAACUGUACUAUAACACACACAGGAGAGAAAACCUUCCACUGUUCUCAUUUGCUUUUGACUGAGAAUUAAGUGUUUUUUUUUGUUUGUUUUUGAACCCACUGAUGGGUUUAGAUUUUUAAACUUUAAAUAUCGUUAAUCAUCCGUUUUACGUUGACAUAAGGGGUGCCAUAGUCUGGUUUCUACAAUAGAAGUUAAUGGUUAUGAGGGAUGUAUAGAGAGAAGGAACAGUUUAUCGCCCGCAUCACUUAACUUCCUGCCUAGCAACAAAGAUGUCAUGUCUAGAGAGAAGGACGAGACUCCACCCAGAUUGGGGUAUAUAUAUAUAUAUAUACACACUACCACUGGUGGAAGUAUGUCUUUGUCUUUGUCUGUUCAGCCAUUCGAUCCUUUGGGUGAUUAAAGUUGGUUGGCACUA